CUCUGAUUGGUUCCUCUCUGCAGUCUAGGCCACGCCCACUAGGAAACAUUCCCUCCCACUCUUUCACUCUCUCACAGUUUCUCUCUCUCUAAAUUCACAAGUUCUCUCCGAGUUGAGUUUAUCGCUGCUGCACGUUUCAGCUUACAGCACCUCGCUUCUAAGAUCUGGAGAAGCCGCUAUGACUCAGAGUAACGGAGAGACGCAGCGUCCCGGAGGCCGGAUUCAGCGAAUCAGAGAGAGAAUGUCGGAGCGAUCGGUCCGAGCACGGAACGCCGUGCAGAACCUCACCGCUAAAGACCUCCGAUCCUGCUUCAGGAGAAACGCCUUCGUCAUCCUCACCAUCGCCGCUGUCAUCAUCGGUAUCGUUCUGGGUUUUGCCUUGCGUCCCUAUAAGAUGUCGUAUCGGCAGGUGAAGUACUUCUCGUUCCCUGGAGAGCUGCUAAUGCGUAUGCUGCAGAUGUUAGUGCUCCCCCUGUUGGUGUCCAGUCUAAUUACAGGCAUGGCAGCGUUGGACAGUCGAGCGUCGGGUCGGAUGGGUGUACGAGCCGUGAUCUACUACACCACCACCACCGUCAUCGCCGUCUUCAUCGGAAUCGUCAUGGUGGUCAUCAUCCAACCAGGAAGGGGCGGAGUCAAACCACACACACUCUCACACCAGAAUCUAGAGGAGGUGAACGCCGCCGACGCCUUCCUCGACUUAAUCAGAAACAUGUUCCCUCCAAACCUAGUGCAGGCCUGUACACAACAGUUUAAGACUCGGACCGGGAAGCGGACGGUGACGGUGAGGGUGUCGGUGAACAGUACGGUGAACGGUUCCGGUGUGGGUGAGGAGCUGAGUUAUGAGGAGGAGAUCCCGGUUCUCAGCACAGUGAACAGCAUCAAUGCCCUGGGCCUUGUCGUCUUCUCCAUGAGCUUCGGCUUCAUCAUCGGCAGCAUGAAGGAGCAGGGCCAGCCGCUCAGGGACUUCUUCGACUGUCUCAACGACGCCAUCAUGAAGCUCGUCGCCAUCAUCAUGUGGUAUGCUCCUGUGGGCAUCCUCUUCCUGAUUGCGGGGAAAAUCCUGGAGAUGGAGGACAUGUCAGCGAUGGGCGGAGCUCUAGGCCUCUACACCAUCACUGUCAUAGUGGGCCUGCUCAUCCAUGCCACCCUCGUCUUGCCCACCAUCUACUUCCUGGUCACACGCAAAAACCCCUUCGUGUUCAUCGGAGGUCUCCUACAGGCCCUCAUCACCGCACUGGGCACCUCCUCCAGCUCUGCCACUCUGCCCAUCACGUUUAAGUGCCUGGAGGAGAAUAACGGUUUGGAUAAGCGUGUGACGAGGUUCGUGUUGCCGGUGGGAGCCACCAUCAACAUGGACGGGACGGCGUUGUACGAGGCGCUCGCUGCCAUCUUCAUCGCUCAGGUCAACAACAUGGAGCUCAACUUCGGCCAGAUCCUCACUGUCAGUAUCACAGCCACGGCAGCGAGCAUCGGAGCAGCGGGGAUCCCCCAGGCCGGCCUGGUUACCAUGGUGAUAGUACUCACCUCUGUAGGACUGCCCACCGAUGACGUCACUCUCAUCAUCGCAGUUGAUUGGUUUCUAGAUCGUUUGCGCACCACCACUAACGUUCUGGGCGACUCGAUCGGCGCAGGCGUGGUGGAGUUUUUGUCCCGUCACGAACUUCACGCAGCCGACGCCGAGCUCGGGAACUCCGUUCUGGAGGAGAGCGAGAGGAAGGAAGUACCGUAUCACCCCGUUUCUCAGGAGAACGAGUGCGAGAGCGACAAAAUCCCCAACAAUGAGACCAAGAUGUAGCUAAACAUGCUAAUGACUCUGAAAUAAACACAACCCCUUACAGAGAGCACAACAUUCUCCCUCCGACACUGAUGCAUUAUGGGUAAUGUGGAUUCGCCAUUCUGUCAGGAAGUUAGCAUUUCGUUGUUUUGUUUUUUUCUUCUAGUCACUGAAUUCCUAUAAAAAAAAGUCAUAAAUGAACAUGGAAAAGGUGAAGUUAAACUGAACCAGCAUGCUAACAUACAGCAUCAAAAUACUUUAUCUAUAAUUAGCAAAGCUGCAACCAACACUGUUAGUGCUCCACUAAUACUGCAGUACUGUUAGCUGAUCAUUUAACUGCUCAUAUACACACUAAAGGCUAAAGCACGAAGUCUAGCAGCUUGUCUUAGUGAAUUAGUUCCUUAUGUAAUGUAAAUUUUAAGAAAGAAGAAUUUUGAUUUGCAAAGUUAGCCAUAUUGUAUGCUAGACCACGCUCCUGAUUUAUUCCUACUUUUUGUUUAAAAUGGUGUGUGUGUGUGUGUGUCAACCUUUUAGCAAGACUUCACAUGUCACUAACAGAACUGAGUUUAAAUAGUUAGCUACUGGACCACAAGGUAGAAUGUAAUGCUAAUUUCAUUCAAGUAAGCCUUAUGUUAGCUAGCACUUCUCUGUUUUAUACACUCUGUGUGUUCACGCUUUACUGUGAUACCGCCAUCUUGGAUAGGUCAUGAACAACUUUAGCCUUUAGCAUUGUGGCUAAAGAGUUAGCUAGCAGUAAUGUAAUGCAAAGUAAGCACAUACUUUAUUACCUCAAAGUCAGUUAUUUAUUAGUUAGUUACAGACGUAUUGAUUAACUGGGUUAUACAUUACUAAUUAAAGCUAACUGCAUUUAGAUGAUUCCUUUUAGCAUGCUAGCUCAGUUCGGCCUAGCGUCCUUCUACUGUACAUUCUAAGCUGUGAUUUUAUCAAAUUAAAACAAACUAAUCCUCACAAGAUGGUAACAUCCCACAAUGCAAUGCAGCAGCUUCACAUGCUGACCCAAUAUGCUAAAAAAAAGGGCAUUAUUGUACAAAAGAUAGCAAAUUCUCAAAAAUCUGAAGAGGAAGACUGCGUAGUUGGUCAUGUGACCCACACUUUGAUCACGUGACCACAUUGAGCUGUUCCUGUUGGUUGAGGUCAUGUGACCACGCCGUCACUCUUCCUGGUUUGAUUAAAACUGUUAAAAUGUUUUUUUUAUUCACAUCAAGUUUUUCUGGAAUUAUCUUUUUGUUGAGGUUGUCAUACAUAAUGAUUGGAGGGAGAGAGAAAGAGAGAGAGAGAGAGAGUGUGUGUGUGUGUGUGUGUGUGUGUGUGUGUGUGUGUGUGUGUGUGUGUGUGUGUGUGUGUGUGUGUGUGUGGCUGAAUCCCACAUCUAUGUUGAAGUGUAUAUGACGUAUUGUGGUAUUUAUCAGGCGCAGUAAUCAUGAACACUUCAGUAGAUUCAGAAGUAGGUGUCCUGAGUAGGGAGCGUGAUGCUGUAAUAAAGUGUGUCCUGUUCAGAA